AUGACCGCGCGAGGCGCUGCCGGGCGCUGCCCUCUCACGACAUGGCUGGGCCCUCGGCUGCUGUUGGCCUGUCUCCUGGUGAGCAGGAAUGUUACCGAGGAGGUGCCGAAACACUGUAGCCAUAUCAUUGGGACCGGCCACCUGAAGAUCCUGCAGGACCUGAUCGACAGUCAAAUGCAGACCUCGUGCCAAAUUGCCUUUGAGUUCGUAGACAAGGACCAGUUGAAGGACCCUGUAUGCUACCUUAAGAAGGCAUUUUUCCUGGUGCAAGACAUCAUGGAAGACACUUUGCGUUUCAAAGACAACACCACAAAUGCCAAUGCCACUGUGCAGCUGCAGGAACUUUCUCUGAGGCUAAAGGACUGCUUCACCAUGGACCAUGAAGAACACGACAAGGCCUGUGUCCGAACUUUCUAUGAGACGCCUCUCCAAUUGCUGGAGAAGAUCAAGAAUGUCUUUAAUGAAACAAAGAAUCUCCUUAAGAAAGACUGGAAAGUUUUCAGCAGGAAUUGCAAUGAAAGCUUUGCUAAAUGCUCCAGUCAAGAUGUGGUGAACAAGCCUGAUUGCAACUGCCUAUACCCCAAAGCCCCUCCUAGCAGUGAACUGGCCUCUGUCUCCCCUCACCAGCCCCCCGCCCCCUCCGUGGCCCCUAUGGCUGCCUUGAGCUGGGCGGACUCUAAGGGGGCAGAAGGUAGCUCCCUCUUGCCCGGUGAGCAGCCCCUCCCUGCAGUGGACCCAGGCAGUGCCAAGGAGCGACCACCCCGGAGCACCUGCCAGAGUUUUGAGUCCCCGGAGACCCCUGGCGUCGAGGGCAGCCCUGCCACCGGUUCACCUCAGCCCCAUCCCUCUGUGGAGGCCUCCAUUGCUGGCAUGGAGGAUGUUCUUGACUCUCUGUUGGAUCCUAACUGGACCCUAGAAGAGGCCUCUGGAGAGGCUGGUGUGGGUUCUAUUCUUCAAGAAGCUGAGCUUUCACCAUCCAGGCCAGGAGUGGGGAGUAUCCAGGCAGAGACCACCAGGCCCAGCGACCUCCCUUCAGCAUCUUCAACAUUUGCCAGAUCACCAGAGGGCCAGGAGCCAGCAGAUGAAACCAGCACCCCCUUGCCCAUUACGGAUCCUGCUGAACCCCUGGACCAGGCCUCAGAUCCUUCACCUGAGAAGCUGGACAGUUCAUUGGCCCUGCCCCGAGACCAUCAGGAGCCAGGCUCUCCACGGACUCCGUCACUGCGCCCACAAGCCCUCAGCAGCCUCUCCACCCUCUCUGCUCAACCACGGCCUCCCAGAAGCCCCUCAGGGGGCAAUGUGCUGCCCCUUGGGGAGCUGGAGGGCAAAAGGAGCACCAGGGACCGAAGGAGCACAGCAGAGCUGGAAGGAGGACCAGCAAGUGAGGGGUUGGCCAAGCCCCAGGCCCAUUUUAACCCAGUUCCUUUGACUGACACAGGCCAUGAGAGGCAACAUGUGGGACUCUCCGAUCCCCAGCUCCCGGGGUUUGUCUUCCACCUGCUGGUGCCCAGCAUCAUCUUGGUCUUGCUGGCCGUCGGCGGCCUCCUGUUCUACAGGCGGAAGCGGCGGAACCAUCUAGAACCCAAGACAACGGAUUCCCCCAUGGAGCAGCCAGAGGGCAGCCCCCUGACCCAGGAUGAAGACAGACAGAUGGAACUGCCCGUGUAG